UUUAACCAGGCCACAUACUGGGCUGUGCUUUCUGUGUGUCCGAACCAACGACCGCUGCCCGCGCGCUGGUCAUCAAGCAGCUUGUGCACGUGGCCUUCCACUGCCUGGCACGCCGCAACUACUAUGGCGCCUUUGAAAUAGUCAUUGCGCUUGACAACUCGGCUGUACGACGUCUGCACGAGACAUGGGCACUAAUCCCGACGAUCAUGAAGGAUAUUGUCGACAAAAUCCUGCAGGUCCUUCAGUCACGGAUGAAUUUUCGUACAUACCGCGAGUCUAUCAAGGCCGCCAUCUCCGGAGCGUCGGGUCCCGACGAGGAGGUGUUUGAAUCGAUUGCCGAUCAGAUCAAGUCCAUGCGCGCAAAGGACAUGAUUUCUGUAUCUCUGGCCAACAUCGUCACGUCCAAUGGCUUGUCCUCGACAACGGCAACCGGCCACUCGUCGAGCUCGUCAGGGUUUGGACAUCUGGUCCAUGGUGCGAUGUUUAACGGCGUGGCCGAUGAGGGCAAGCCUCUGUCGCGCAAAAAAAUGUCAGCGUCCGGCAACUCGUCAUCGUCCAAGGACACGUCUGCGCUUCUGACAGAGCAAGACUGCGCGUGCAUAAUGUAUGCUGUCCGCAUUCGCGCCGCAUCGUUUAUGUUUAUCGACCCCUCCGCCAAUGGUGGCGACAGCAACAGCAGCGGUAACCCAAACGCGCACACUUCUGCCCCUGUCUCAUCGUCAGCAAAGGGCGGGCGUGGCAGCGGCGGCCAUAUGUCAUCUGGAAGCAGCAAACUCCACAGCGGCUUGACCAUGGGAAAUAGCAGCAACAGCGGUGGUGGCGGUAGCUCGGGGGCAUCGGCUAGUGGGGCCGGCGAUACAGGCGAUUCGCGCGGCCGGCGGGCGCGUAGCACGUCCAACAGCAGCAAUGGUGCGGCUGGCGGAAAGUCUGGUGGCAGUUACAAGCACGGCCGGCAAAUCGCCAACGGCGCGCCGCUGCCGCUCGUUCCGUUUGUUGCUGUACACAUGACAGACUUUUUGCAUGCCGACGAAGCCAACCCGACAUACUCAGACGAGCACCAGAAGAUGCGUUCUCGCAACCCCAUUGGCCUUGAUGCCGACCCUAGGCUGGAGCAAUCGAGCCGGCGCCAUAUGCGCUGCGACUCGACCGCCAUAUCCAGCGUCAACCAGGGUCAGCCGUUACUGAACAUGCAAAAGUUCCGCCUCAUCACCGCCAUGUUUCGAGAGCUACACAUGGCGCAACGCACAAAGUACCCUUAUGCGUCUGACAUGAUGAUGCAGCAGCAGAUCCACAGCGCCGUGCGCAACGUCAGAGCUCAGACAAACGACAUGUUUAGCGUGAUUCAUAACGUUGCCUUUGAGUACUCUGCGCUGACCAGCCACUGACGUCUUGCCCGUCGCCGUUUACUCGCAACCGCACCGAAUCGAUGACUUCGCACUCUGGCGCGCAUGAUGCUUCUGACAUUGGAAACAAUGACGGCAGCAACCAGGGGUCUUUGGAUACCCGCUCUAUCAGAUUGCCGCUUUGCAAAAGAGCCAGGGCAGCGCUUCGCUUGCGGAUGCAUCAUUGGACUGGGAUUGCUCGGACACUAAGGACAAUCAGGAGCUCGAGCAGCACCUAUACAUGCUGAGCAAAUGGAUUGAGCCAGCUUCAGGAGCAGCAACCAAAUCUUCUGCUCGCUAAAUCAUUAUUGCCUCACAGAAGCAUAGCAUGUUUUCACUUACCUUUUUAUUGCGCAAGUAUCAAGCUUUUGAUAUUUCAUUUCAUUUUCAUUCACUCAUUUUCAUUUAGUUUUUGCAUUUUUCAUCCAUUUUAACGUUAAAUUGAUAUAAAACAUCUAUUCAUAUUU